AUGCUCACAAUGUACUCUGGCACCAAGCUUGCAGAGCUGCCGCCUGGAGUUUCUGCAUCGCCGUCUCCACAGCUGCGACAGCGAACCACGUCGACGCAGUCGGUACCCACGACCGAAUCCACACACACAAACGACUACCGCGAAGAGAGGCGGCGCGUGCACCAUGAGGCCGACAUCGUCAUCGUUGGCGCCGGUAUUCUUGGAUGCGCAGCGGCUGUCGCUUUCGGCAACCAGGGCAGGAGCGUCAUAUUGCUCGAGAAGAGCCUAAAGGAGCCUGAUAGGAUUGUAGGCGAGCUGCUGCAACCUGGUGGCGUCAAUGCCUUGGAGAAGUUGGGCAUGAGGGAUUGCCUCGACGACAUUGACGCCAUUCCCUGCUACGGUUACCAGAUCCUCUACGGCAAGGAAGAGGUCCACAUCCCUUACCCGGACAACCUGCUCACAUCUGCGCCCUCGAAAGCACCCGAAGGACGAUCCUUCCACCACGGCCGCUUCAUCUCCAAGCUACGUGCAAAGGCCAAGGCCACGCCCAAUGUCACUGUUGUUGAAACAACCGUCGAAUCCAUGGUCAAGAGUGACUACACAAACCAGGUCGUGGGCGUAUCAUCCAAGACGGCCGGAGAGCAAGACUACUACUUUGGUGCCGUCACCCUCGUGGCAGAUGGUUACGCCUCCAAGUUCCGCAAAGAAUUCAUCCCUCACCAGCCCCAAGUACGCAGCAAGUUCUGGGGCCUCGAGAUGAUCGACGCCCAACUCCCCAUGCCAAACCAUGGUCACGUCAUCCUCGCAGACGCACCUCCAAUCCUCAUCUACCAAAUCGGCACCCACGAAACCCGCAUCCUCGUCGACAUACCCGACAAUCUGCCCUCAGCCAGCCCCAAGAACGGAGGUGUCAAGAACCACAUGCUCAACGUUGCGCUGCCCCAACUCCCAGAAUGCGUCCAACCCGCCUUCCGCAAAGCAAUCGAAGCCGGUAAACUGCGCUCAAUGCCAAACAGCUUCCUACCUCCUUCGACGCAAAGGCAGGCCGGACUCAUCAUCCUGGGUGAUGCCAUGAACAUGCGACAUCCCCUCACUGGUGGCGGCAUGACUGUUGCGUUCAAUGACGUAGUCCUCCUCUCCAACCUCCUCUCGCCCGCCAACGUACCCACAUUAGAGGAUACACCCGCCGUCUUGUCCGCCAUGUCCACCUUCCACUGGCAGCGUAAGAACGGAUCUUCCGUCAUCAACAUUUUGGCCAUGGCUCUCUACAGCCUCUUCGCCGCCAACAACCAAUACCUAGAGCUGAUCAAGAAGGGUUGCUUCAAGUACUUCCUCCGCGGCGGCAAGAGUGUCAGUGAGCCUUGUGGUAUGCUCGCUGGUCUCAUCACCCAUCCCUGGAUGUUGGUGUGGCACUUCUUUUACGUCGCCUUCUAUGCCAUCUGGGUUCGGUUGCAGGAGGUGCCAAUCUACAAAGCACCAUACACGCUGUGCGUUGAGAGUGCUAUGGUUGUUUGGACAGCCAUCUGUGUCAUUGGUCCGUAUCUUGUUGCUGAGGUCAAGAUAUAG